CACCCGUCUUCCAGUUGCCCGGGUUGAGAAACCCUGGCUCAGGGCCCUGGGGAAGCAGGGAGGCAUUUUAAGCAGGCAGCUGAGUGCCUUCAGGGCCCUUUUGUGACACCAGCGCCAAGUCACAGUGCCUCAGCCUCAGCUGCAGGGGAAGAAACCCCCCAAGGUGCAGCUGCACCGCUUUUGGGCCUUGGGCUGCCAAGGAGGUUGGUGACUCCCCGCGGCCUUUGAUGGAAUUCCUUGGCACCACCCAGACGGCCAGCUACUGUGGACCGAGGAAGAGCUGCCUGCUUCCGGAGGUGGCCCCCACCAGCAUCAGCCAGGACAGCUACCGGGCUUACUACCUGCCGGGCUACCGCUACCUGAACUCAUGGAGGCCCAGCUUGUUCUACAAAGUCUCCUCUUUCCGACCCAUUGACGAAGGCGUCGGGCGCGUUAGCGCCCCGCUGCGGCCCCCGACCAUCCUUCCCUCGGUGAGGUCGUCCCUCUUUGCCCGCUACAGUCCCCACGACUGGUACAAAGCGAACACCAUGCAGAUUAAGGGCUCGGAGGCAUACCGGCACUGGGCCGGGCGGCUGAACGCGGACAGCGCACGGCUCAUGCAAGACAAGGACCAGCUGACUUGGCAGCAGCAGGAGGAUUCUGGGAAGAACAUCGGGCAGAGGCUGGCCGACAUCGAUUUCUGGCGGUCUGAGCUGACCUACGAGCUUGAGCGGCUGCUGAACGAUACCCGUGCGCUGGACACUGCCAAGAGGCGCCUGGAGUGUGCUGCCGAUGAAGCCCAAGGGCCACUUCAGGUGGCCCUGGAAUGCUUAUACAAUCGGGAGAAACGAAUGGGAAUUGACUUGGUCCAUGAUAGCGUGGAAAAGAAUCUUAUACAGGAGGUUGAUUUGAUCAGAGCGUGCCAAGAGAAAAUGAGGAAGCUUGCAGAAAGAAUCGACCAGCAGAUUAACAUUAACAGAGAUGCUCAACAUGCACUUGAGAGGGAUCUUGGUGAUAAAAGUUCAGCUCAUUUCAUUGAUGAAAAAUGCUAUAAUUUGAGAAAUACUUCUGACAGUAUCAACUACUACCAUGGAAUUGAAAAGAUUGAUGGAACAGUCUCCGUCCCUGAAACGUGGGCAAAGUUUAGUGAUGACAACAUCCGGUAUUCCCAGAACGCCCGGGCCAACUCAGCCAUCCUCUGUGAGGAGGCGAACCACACGCUGGAAAUCACUUCGGAUGACAUGUGGAAGCAGUGGACAGACAGCAACCUGGCCUUCACCUCUCGCAUAUCGGAAAUAGCAGAUGCCAAGAACCAGCUGCAAGCACAGCUGGCUAAGACUCUGCAAGAAAUCUUCCAGACAGAAAAUACAAUCAUGUUACUGGAAAGAGCCAUAAUGGCCAAAGAAUGUCCACUCAAGGUGGCCCAGACCCGUCUUGAGGCGAGAACCAGGCGGCCCAAUAUGGAGCUAUGCCGUGACGUCCCACAGUUCAAGCUAGUGAAUGAAGUUUUCACCAUUGAUGACACACUGCAGACCCUGAAGUUGCGCUUGCGUGAAGCCCAGGAUACGCUCCAGCUGCUGAUCCUCAACAAGUCAAAACUGGAGCACGACCUCAUGGUGAAGGCCAACAGUCUCUUCGUCGACAAGGAAAAGUGCAUGGGGAUGCGCAAGACCUUUCCCAGCACGCCUCGCCUGGUCGGCUACACCUGAAUUUGCAACGGUCGCCUUCCGUGCUUCUGUGACAUAAAAGAUUGA